CAUGUUCAGGAUUUUCGUAUUUGCAGUUUGCGGAGUCGCAUUAGUGUCAGCUGGACUCUCGAAACAUGUGAAUAUCGUAGUUCCCAAACACUCGCAAGCUACCCAAGCCAUCAUAGUUGAACAUGGAUACGAAUCGGCUGGAUUCGGCGGAGAAUAUGACGAAGGCCUUCUGUCCGACACUGGAAAAGGCAACAACGGCGCUGAACUCUCCAGUCUAGCUCAUAGCUCCGCCCAGCAAGCCAAUAACGCCGUUCUGAAUCAACAAACUGCAGGAAGCCAAGCAGCCUUCGGAAUCAAGAGUACUCUGGCCAGCACAGCCUUCGGGGCUGCUCAAACCGCUCAAGCCGCUCUGGUAGGCAAGCAGGCCAUCGUUCAGAACCUCAGAAGACAAGCACUAGAUGCUCAACAACAGGUCCAAGCCGAAAUCGCACAGUACCAACAACUCGGAGCAGUCGCUGCAGCCACCCAACAAGCAUCCCAAGAUGCUCAAGAACAGGUCAAUACCCUCACCGCCGCCUUAGCUGCCUCCCAGAGUGGAGCCUCCCACGCUGAACAAGCAGCAGCUGAAGCUGGCAACGCCGCUGCAGCACAACAAAAUAUGGUAGAACAAGCUAAGCAACGCAUAGGUCAGAUCUUGAGCCAAAUUCAGACCGCUGCGGCAGAUCUGCAACAGACAGAACUAUCGGCUCUGAGAGCAGCUGAAGCUGCGCAAAUCGCACAGUCGAAUGCUGCUGAAGCUGGACUCGCUGUUGCCGCUGCUAGUGCCAAGAGUGGACGUGGUGGACAUGGUCACGGAAGUUCUGGAAGUUAUCAUCAUCACUGAAGUCAUUAUAUACACGUUGAUAAUGAUGUUUUAUUAAAUUUUUCAUAAAAAA